AUGGGCAAUCCGCGGCAUCUUCGCCGGGCGUCUUCACAGGACGAAGACGAGGGCGAUGUGUUUGAUGACAAGUCGGAGAUAAGCUCGGGGAGCGAUGAAGAGGCAGAAGAGGCAACUCGUGACGCAGCCGCGACGGGCGGCGACUCGGUUGGCUCCGCCUCAGCAGUUCAAGCCACGACUUCGGCCUCUCCGUCUUCCGCAGGGGCUGCUGAGGCGUCGCGUGCGGCUUCGAGCGACCCCAAGGCCUCUAAGGAGUCUCCAAAGACCCCCGAAAAUGAACAAACUGCAGGAAAUGAAGCGGCGAGGGACGAGGGCAAACACCGCAGAAGUGCAUCUUCUGGGGACGGAUUCAGAGCGCGCCCAAAGUCAACAUGGCAGCUCAUGCAAGAAGACCCCUCCUACGUGCCAAGAGCCACGCGGUACUUUCUGCACGAUGACAGGCGAGAUGACGACAGCAGCAAAUCAGAGGCCUCCGAUGAGCACUCCGAAAGCCAACCGGAUACGAGAAUACCUCGCAGCACUCAGACGCGGGUAGGCUCCAGCAAGAAGCUCUGGACCCCAGACGAGAACGAAGGCGAGUGGAAACACGACAUGUGGGAGCAACUGCAGAAAGAGGAGGCAGGAGAAAGGCCGAAUUUCAGUAAUUGGAACAGAGGACGGCGACCCGGACGGCGCGGGGGCUCUUUCGGAUACAGACGUGGAGGCCAAGUGGACUCUUGGGUUCCUCGCGGUUCUCGUGGCGGCAGAACUGGAGGAAACGGCAGCUACAGAAAUGAGCCUUGGAGGGGAGAGUGGCGCCCGAGAGGCCGCAGUAGGGCGCAGGAUUGGAGCAGCGAACGGCAGAAACAAUACGUGCCGAGACAAAGCGCAGAGGCGGCAUAA